AACAAGAAGACUCCUUUUCAGGGGAAAAGGGUUCCGGUUGGGUUCCUCGGAAUCGCGCGCACUCUUUCUCUCUCUCUCUGUCGUUCUCUUUGUUUUCUUUCAAAUUCUUUUGAUUCUUCUUCUUUCCAUUGUUUUCCCAGAUCAAAGAAGAACCCAAAAGAAAUUGAAAGAAAUUCAAACAAAAACAAAAAAAACAAUUCUGUUUGUUUUUUGUUUUUUUCCCUCGAAUUCCCAAUUCGGAGAAACAAUUUUCGUAGAGACGCAUGUGUAUGUAUGUAUAAAAUGGAGAUUGAAAGCAUCGAGUGCGUAUCGUCGUCGGACGGCGGCGUGGAGGAGGAAGAGAUCCCGUCGUCUCAGCGUCCGCAUCCCAACCACCACCACCACCACCAGUACAACUCCUCCGCUAAGCCGCCGCAGAGUAAUUUGUUGCCUGCCGCAAUUGCCCCUACUAGUGUCCAUGAAUUGCUGGAAUGCCCCGUUUGCACAAAUUCUAUGUACCCUCCCAUUCAUCAGUGCCACAAUGGGCACACGCUCUGUUCAACCUGUAAAGCGAAGGUGCACAACCGAUGUCCGACUUGCAGACAAGAGCUUGGUGAUAUUCGGUGUUUGGCCUUAGAAAAGGUAGCGGAGUCGCUUGAACUUCCCUGCAGAUAUUUUUCAUUGGGGUGUCCAGAAAUAUUCCCAUAUUACAGCAAGCUUAAACAUGAGACAAUUUGCAAUUUUAGACCAUACAAUUGCCCAUACGCUGGAUCAGAGUGUUCAGUUACCGGUGAUAUACCUUACCUCGUUUCUCAUUUGAGAGAUGACCACAAGGUUGACAUGCACACGGGAUGCACAUUCAACCAUCGAUAUGUCAAGUCUAAUCCGCGGGAAGUCGAAAAUGCCACAUGGAUGCUGACUGUCUUCCACUGUUUUGGUCAGUACUUCUGUCUUCACUUUGAGGCCUUCCAGCUCGGCAUGGCACCUGUUUACAUGGCUUUUGUCCGCUUCAUGGGCGACGAGACUGAAGCCCGCAAUUACAGCUACAGUCUUGAAGUAGGAGGAAGCGGUAGAAAGCUAAUAUGGGAAGGUACUCCAAGAAGUACCCGAGACAGCCACCGCAAGGUGAGGGACAGCCACGAUGGCCUUAUCAUUCAACGUAACAUGGCACUGUUCUUCUCUGGUGGGGAUAGGAAGGAACUGAAGCUUAGGGUCACCGGGAGGAUAUGGAAGGAGCAGCAAAACCCAGAUUCUGGUGUUUGUAUACCGAAUAUUUGUAGCAGUUAAGCUCCCCCUUCAGCCUUCGGGAGUGAUAUGAUUCUCCUCCAUGGAUUUGUGGAUUGCUUGUUGUGUGUGUGAGAGUGUGUGAGCCUCUUUGUGUUGUUAGUAAAGUUUGUGCUCUGUGAAUGUAUUAGGAUGCUGCUGCAUUUUCGCCAUGGAUGAAUAUAUAGAGUUAUCAAUUGUUAAUAACAAACCUUACCUUAUUCUCCAUUUUUA